ACAACUGACAGUACCAGUCGAAAGAUGUCUGCGUAUGAAAACGUUCAGGUUGGAAGUUUAAAACUGAAAGGUGUUCUUGAUCACAAAAUCAAAAAGAAAAAGAAGAAAAGGAACAAGGAUAAGGACCGUGAGAAGUUGGGACAGACCCUGGCCAUCACAGAUGAAGCAGAGGAGAAGCAUUCUGCUGCUGCUACCUCCAAAAGAUCCAACAAAACAAAAGCAGAACUGGCGUAUGAAAGAAGUAAAGAAAAAAGGCAAACAGAACAGAUUUUGGAGAAGGCUCGCACAAGUCACAAAGAAAGAAUAAUGCAUUUAAACAGACAUUUGGAUACCCUGACAGAACAUUUUGAUAUUCCCAAAGUGAGCUGGACAAAGUGAAGGAUGAUGGUGAUCACUUUGUUACCUGUCAACAUCAAUAGUAUUACGUGUGGUGUCAUUCAGAUGUGCCAGCUUCUCAAUUUAAAGGGUUAAUUAUGGUGAUGAAUGCAGGAUCUUUUUAAGGAGGGGUGGGAGCAAUUGCUAAAAAGUGUGUCCUACUUUAUUCCAAAGUAUGCAAACAUGCAUGAUAUAUUUUCAAGAAAUAUGCAUUUGACCAAGAUAAUAUAUCUCCCUGCUGGAAAACCCCCAAAUCAUCAAUUAAUCCAUUAAUACUGGACACUGAAUUUGGACAUUUCAAAGUUCAGGGAAGAUGUGUGCAUCCCAUGCACCUUUCUCAUGGAUCCAUGCUUGAAUUAUAAAGGUAUUUCUGUGACAGCAAUGAACAGAAUACUAAAUGAGAAUAAUAAUUAAUUUUCGAUGGAUCUGAACAAACAGUUAUGCCAUGAACUUAUUUCUUGCGGUCGUCUUGUCUGAAAUUUUUUUAAUAAAUCCAUUUUAACGUA